UCAAAUUUGCUGCAGCCAUCUUUGUUUUGAUUUGGAGCAGUGAAAUUUUUUAGGCGGAUGGCAUAAUGAAUUGAGACACUCAAAACGAAAGGAGUUUUACUUUGGCUCAGAGUGGCAUCUUGUUUGCUAUAGAAUAAGGAAAUAUGUCUUCGCCGUCGCCUGGGAAGCGUCGAAUGGACACAGAUGUUGUGAAGCUGAUUGAGAGCAAUCACGAAGUAACAAUUCUUGGUGGACUGAAUGAGUUUUUUGUCAAAUUUUUUGGGCCAAAAGGAACACCAUAUGAGGGUGGAGUUUGGAAAGUGAGAGUGGAUUUACCAGAUAAAUACCCAUUUAAAUCUCCAUCAAUAGGAUUUGUAAACAAAAUAUUUCAUCCGAACAUAGAUGAGGCUUCUGGUACUGUUUGUCUGGAUGUAAUUAAUCAGGCAUGGACAGCACUUUACGAUCUAAAUAAUGUGUUUGAAUCCUUUCUGCCGCAAUUACUGUCAUAUCCAAAUCCUGUUGACCCCCUAAAUGGCGAUGCAGCAGCUCUGUUUUUACAUAGACCAGAAGAUUACAAAGCAAAAAUUAGAGAGUAUGUCAGACGCUACGCUUCCGUGGAUGUUAUGAACGAAAACGAGGAUAAUAUGUCAACUUCAAGUGAAAGCUCAUUAAGUGACUUUAGCGAGGACGAGGCUCAAGAUAUGGAACUUUGAUGUUGGUAUGGUGUAAUUAUAAAUUAUAUUUUAUACGGCAGCUGAUAGGCCAGUUCUUGUAUAGGUUUAUUUGUUGGUUUUUAUUGAAACUACAUAUGUUAGUUAGAAAAUGACGAAGAAAGUGUUGCCUUGCUCUUGUCUUUAACCGAUUUGCUUUUGACAUAACCAAGCUAGAUUUCCAGGCCUUUCCGUAACAACUCCAAAGUCAGAAGCAUAGGACGUAUAUACGAGUCUUGUGGAAAUCCCAAUUAAUCGUUGCACGAUUAAGUAUUUUAGACCCUAGAAUUGGCUAUAACCUUCUCAUUUCUAGGCUACUUUUUCUGUUUUCAUUUCACAAAUAUCUCACAAUCUUUAGGUUUAAUCCUUUUCCGAUGCAGCUAGCGUCCUUUUUCCACCUGAGGCAACCUUAAAUUUUCUUCACCGUUUUCAGCUUUAUGAGUGAUACAUGUUUGAUCGUGUUGCUACACCAACGCCCAUCAAACUGAACCGCUAAUUCACUUUUCCUUUCUUAAAAAACAGUUUUCUAGGCUAGUUUUGUUGAAGUGUUUUUUGGCUUCGUGUGAAAUUAAUUAUUCUUUUUGUACCUCAUAUCAGGGAUAAUUCCUUGCAUUUGCUUUUCCUGGUGAUUUUGUAAAUGUCCCUGUGACAUCUGCUCUUGUUUCGAGGUUAUGUUAUGGUUGAUUACAAAUUUAUGUAUUGUAAGGAUAUCAUCUAUGUAUGAAUUGAAAAUCGUUAGAAAACCCGAACAUAAACAAACUGUAAAUAUGUUGUUGACAUAAACCGGUCUGUUUUAUGUAACAUUCCAAAUUAGCCCGCGCAAUCUAAAAAGUUUUUCCCCUUCUGUCUGUAAAGAGCACACUUAGUCAAUUGUUAUGUUUAUAAGUAGGCUUCCGCAGCUGUCUCAAUUUUCUUGAACCAAAGACGACCCCAACUGAGCGUAUCAAUGCGAACUGCUAGAGCCGUUGCUCUUGAUUAAAAUUUUAUCGUCUUGCGUUGGCUUCAUAUGUUUAAAUGUACUUUACGCUGGCUCCUUGCCUGCGAAUAUUUCGAAUAGUUGCAGGUGUGGUCUUGCGUAACUGCCUUUUCGACUUCAGAAUUUCACGAUUAGUUUGGUCACGAAUGGUAAAAGUUUCAACGUUUCUUUUAUCAGAGGCAAAUAAAAUCGACGCCCUUGAGAUUGAUAAACUACGAGGAAAGCCUUUUAGGCAAAAUAAUUCAACUCUUCUCUAUGCCUCUGAGGAAGGUCGUGAAAAUUGAACUCCUUGGCCUGAGGAAAGAUAAAAAUUUUCUGGAUUUUUUUCUAAUGACCAUGAUGCAGCCUCGAUACAAGUUUCCAUCCUCUUUCUGAGUUUUCUCGGCCUAGCAUUUUUAUAGAGGAUUUGAAGAACGGCAACUGUUCUGUCCUUCUUACGCCCGUCGUAUUUGUUGUCGACCAGGGCAGUAUGAGGCUUCAAUGUAACCCUUUUGUUGGCUAACGGAGCUAAUCUUUCCUAAGUUAUUGGCGGGUUUCAAUUUAUUCAUUAGAUAUUGUGAGCGUUUCCUGAUUUAGGGACAUUUGAUAAGAAAUGUGACAGGUAAAUCAUGCAAGAAAAAGUUGAGUGUGCAUAGAAAGAAAGACUGAAAAUUUAGCAAAGAAGCCAGCGACUUGACCCCUUUUCAUUCCUCGACUUUUCAAGCCCUACUGAAUAUGUCAACAUUAGUAGUUAUGAAAAUUUCGCAGUGAUAUUGGCCAAUGCUGGUCUUCCAGUUUUUUUCAAAGUUUGACUACAUUUACUGUAUAUUCUUAUUUAUAACCGGUUUACAUAUUAGAUGUUUUGCUAUGGCUCGUUGCUUGUAGUACGCCCAAGCUGCCAUGCCCAGUUUAGCAUUCUCAUGUUUAUGAUAUUAAAUUUAAGUUAGAGAGAAAUAUGCAAAUUUAUGCGCAUGUGUAAUCGAUCUUGUAAACGUUAUAUGAUAUUUGAUGAUAGAAUUAGUUAAUUGA